CGUGCGUCUCCACUGACGUAAGCACGCACAAAGAACCCCAGCGUUGGUAAGUUGGGCAGUCAAAUAAUCCGCACCGGAACAGAACACGCAUCAUAUUUUUCAGCGGGCGAGCAUGAAGGGAAUGAUUUUUCAACUCGGGAGCCUGAGCCGUGCCGGGCUGAUUCUCCGCAGGAGCAUCCACACACGUGUACGCCCCGCCGCCGUGAACAAGCUCACCUCGGAGGAAAUCUACGCCCGCGAGGAGAAGCACGGGGCACACAACUACCAUCCGCUCCCUGUGGCCCUGGAGCGAGGCGAGGGCAUCCAUGUGUGGGAUGUGGAAGGCAACCGAUAUUACGACUUCCUCAGUGCAUACAGUGCAGUAAAUCAGGGUCACUGCCACCCUAAGAUCGUCUCUGCGCUCACCAAGCAGGCGUCUACGCUCGCUUUGACUUCCAGAGCGUUCUACAACGAUGUGCUCGGAGCCUAUGAAGAGUACAUCACCAACAUGUUUGGAUAUGACAAAGUUUUACCCAUGAACACAGGGGUUGAAGGCGGUGAGACGGCCUGUAAGCUUGCCAGGAAGUGGGCCUACAGCGUGAAGGGGGUUCCAAACAAUAAGGCCAAGAUCAUUUUCGCAGAGGGAAACUUCUGGGGUCGCACCUUGGCUGCCAUCUCCAGCUCCACUGACCCCAGCAGCUACGAGGGUUUCGGGCCGUACAUGCCCGGGUUCGAGCUUGUGCCGUUCAAUGACAUUCCUGCAUUAGAGAAAGCUCUUCAGGACCAAAAUGUCGCCGCCUUCAUGGUGGAACCCAUCCAAGGAGAAGCAGGCGUGGUUGUGCCCGAUCAAGGCUACCUGACUAAAGUCAGAGAACUUUGCACAAAAUACAACGUGCUGUGGAUCGCUGAUGAGGUCCAGACGGGCCUGGCACGGACUGGCCGGCGCCUGGCCGUCGACCACGAAGGUGUUCGCCCGGAUUUGGUGAUACUGGGCAAAGCUCUCUCCGGAGGAGUUUAUCCAGUGUCUGCAGUACUUAGUGACAAUGACGUAAUGCUGACCAUUAAGCCUGGGGAGCACGGAUCCACAUACGGAGGAAACCCUGUGGCUUGUCGUGUCGCUAUUGCAGCUUUGGAGGUGAUGGAGGAAGAGAAGCUUGCGGAAAACGCUCAGAGGAUGGGAGAACUUUUGCGGUCCGAGUUGAGGAAACUGCCCAAAGACAUUGUGACAACAGUCAGAGGGAAAGGCCUCCUCAAUGCAGUUGUGAUCAAAGAGACUAAAGACUACGAUGCCUGGAAGGUCUGCCUGCGCCUUCGGGACAACGGACUCCUGGCCAAGCCCACCCACGGGGACAUCAUCCGACUGGCCCCGCCUCUGGUCAUCCAAGAGCAUGAGCUCCAGGAAUGCAUCGACAUCAUUCAGAGGACCAUCAUGUCCUUCUAAAAAGAAAAGAAAACGUAGCCCAAACCUUCUGAGGCCAAGGAAGGCCACACGUAAUGUUUUAGUCGCUUUCAUUUAGAUUGUGUUUUUUACUUUCGAGACUGUUUUCAUGCUAUUCGAAAGAGUUUAGUAGGAAUUGUAUAAAGAUACACAGACACCUUUGUAAGAGUAACUGCUGCAGAAGAGAGAGAGAAUAGAGUUUGGUUUCCUAAGGAGAGGUUGCAGGAAGAUCUUAAACUUUUGAUGUGCUUUAGUUUACCGUGUGUGAUUUUUUAACUAUAAUUGUGGGGGGGUUUUCGGAAACCUUCAGUUUAAAAAAAUAUAUAGAAACAGUGUUACUACUGAAGCCUAUGGUCUGGUCAAGAAGGGAAAAGACCUCCUAUAGGACAGUGAAGAAGCAAAUGCACCUUUUUUAAAAAAAAAUGUAAAUCAUCUUAAGCUCCCACCGCACAGGUUGAGUGAGGUCAAACCGUCAGUCUUCCACCAUCCUUUACAUUUAGUCUGAUAUGUUAACGUUGAGUUGUGUUUGCGUCUACAGCUCCAACUCUAGUAGGACUUACCCAAUAACAGGUUAUCAUUUAAGUGUUUACACUGCUGCAUUUCUUUCAGCUCGACUGCUUUCUGCUGACACGUUCUGAAAACGGUCUUGUUACAAAAGAGGUCAAAAGUCUAGAUAUCUUGCGAUUUAGGUUUUUCUCUUUUUUUUUUUUUAUAUAUAUAUUUAUGUAAUUCUGCAUUUGCACUGUAAUUACCACUUUUGAUAACUAAAGUUGCAAGAAUUCAUAAUCCAACUGACCAAAUUUCAUGCGUUCUCUCUAUAACCGUUAUUGCUGCCGCAAAAAGAAAAUAUGUGAGAAACGUCACUUCCGACGCUGCUUUAGGAUAAAUGAAAGAAUGUUUGGAUGUCAGUGGCGCUGGCGGAGGCUGGCUUAGUUUUAACUAUUUGCUGUCUGUGCAGGAUGUAUGUGAAGAUGGUCUUUUUGAAGACACCAGACAUUAAAAUAAAACCCAUUGUUUUCCAAAUAAAUAGUUUCAACAAAG